AUGGUAUCCUCAGAUGAUAUAGAUAACAAACACGGCUCCGCCGCUGUUGGUACCGCUGACCAGCAUGUCGUGGCAGACGCAGACGCAAUUGACCCCGAAUCGGGUGUCAAGCGUGGUCUCAAGACUAGGCACUUGUCUAUGAUGGCCCUCGCUGGUAUCAUUGGACCCGGUCUUCUCGUUGGAUCCGGUGGCGCUUUGGCUUCCGGUGGUCCAGCUGCGUUAAUCAUUGGCUUUGGUGUCAUUGGUAUAAUUGCCUUCAGUAUCAUGCAGUCUCUUGGAGAACUUACGACUCUUUAUCCCUCCGGUGGUGCCUUUACCAAACUUGCUGAUCGCUUUGUCGAUCGAGCUUUUGGGGCAGCGGUCGGUUGGAAUUAUUUUAUCAUCUGGGUUGCAGUCCUCGCCAACGAAUACAAUGCUAUUUCUUCAAUUAUGGUCUUCUGGUCUGACAAAGUUCCAUUAUGGGGCUACUUCUUAAUCUUCUGGUUCGCGUUUACUGCAUUCCAAUUGCUAGGAGUUGAGGCUUUCGGCGAGGCUGAGUUCUGGCUUGCACUGAUCAAGCUGACUGGUCUCGUCGCAUUCUUUUUCUUUGCGAUAAUCUACGCCUCUGGAGGUCUCAUUGGCCAAGCAGAGCCACUCGGCUUCAGAUAUUGGAACGAUCCCGGCGCCUUCGCAAAUGGCUUCAGAGGCGUUGCUACCGUCUUUGUCUUCUGUUCUACCUUCUACGCCGGUGUCGAGUCAGUUGCCGUUGCAGCCACCGAAACCAAGAACCCCUCUAAGGCCGUCCCAUUGGCGAUUCGUCAAGUCUUCUGGCGUAUUGUCUUCAUCUACAUGGGUUCCGCCUUCUUCUUCGGCCUCGUCUGCCCAUGGAACGCCGACGGUCUUGCGAACGGAAAGUCUCGAGCGCUAAAGUCCCCAAUGACCAUUGCCAUUCAGAAUGCCGGAUGGGAAGGUGGUGUCCACCUCAUCAAUACCUUUAUCUUCGUCACCUGUUUGUCCGCUGUCAACGCCUCCAUCUAUAUCGCCUCCCGUACUGUCCUUUUCAUGGCCCAAGACGGAAAAGCACCAAGGUUCCUCGGAUGGACUAAUGACCGGGGUGUCCCAGUAGCCGCCAUUGUCUUCUCGAACCUUUUCGGCGCACUAUCCAUGAUGAACGUCUCCACGGGCGCCGGAAAAGCCUACGGUUACAUCGUUAAUCUUUCCGGUGUCUCAACCUUUUUAGUUUGGGGCGCUAUUAGUUUUAUCCAUAUUAGGUUUAGAUCCGCAUGGGCUAAACAAGGUCGAAGUUUGGAGGAAUUGCCAUUCAAGUCCUUCGGAUACCCGUGGAACGCAUACUUUGGCGUCUUUGCCAAUGUCUUUCUUGCUUUGGUACAGGGAUGGAGUACCCUUUCCCCCUUCGAUGCCGCAAAUUUUGUAGAUGCGUAUAUUUUGCUCCCGCUUUUCCCUAUCAUUUUCUUUGUGUUCAAGUGGUGGAACAAAACUACCUACUGGAAUUUGGAGGAUAUCAACCUUGAUGAUGGAAGAAGAUUGGAUCUUGAUAAUGCGAAGAAGACUUUGGAGCAUGAGACUACGGAUUAUAAUGCCGAAUAUAGGAACCAAGGUCUCAAUCCGAAUGACAGCUUCUUGAAGAGGCUCUGGAGAAACUUUUAG